ACCCUUUUGUUUUUUGUUUUUCCUGCCAUCAUGCGUGGGCCGCCGCCCCUUCGUCUUCCUGCGAUCCUGCCGAGCGCCGGACGACAGAACUGCCGCCGAAAGCACCCGCCGCCGCCGCGGUCAGCCUGGACUACGCCCGCCUCCGGCGCCGUCUCCCCCAGCACCCGCGCCACCAACGCCCGCCGCCUCCGCCGUCUGCCCCAACGCCCGCCGCCUACGACUUAGGGCUGGUAGCAAGAGCAGGGCGGCAGCAGGAGGAGCUUCGACAGCGGUAGCACAGUGUGAUCACGGAGGUGAUGCGCAGCACCAGCAUAAUAAAUUCUUCAUAGCGAUGGAGGCCCUCAUCAGGAGAGUAGGACAUGGUUCUGAUGGGAUGCUAUUUUUUGAGGAUGCACUUUUUUUCCUGAACCUGGACCAAGCAGUUUGCACUGUCAACCCAGCAGCUAAUGGAGGCACUACUGGUUCACCAUUCUCCUUGGAUAAAUCUAUAUCUGGAUUUAUAUCCUCUCCCUCGAUUUGUUUGGCUGGAAGCCCUGCCCACGGUGAGCCUUGCUAUUAUCCAUGGUGGAGCAAAGGAUGCGCGGCCACCUGCACCAUCCCGGACCUUGACCUGCCGGAACUGCGUGGUGAGUACCUGUUGUUGGUCCUCAAUCAAGGCGUGGCUCUCUGCCUGUUGCCAUGUUGUUGUUGCUGCUCUCUACUUGCCGACAACCAAGGCAAGUCUUGAUAGAGGAAGGGGAAGGCAAGGCGAAGGACCUUGGCGUCAUGUUUGAUGCACUACCUGGAAUGAAGACACUCUCAUCAGCGAAGCAGGAAGACAUGGUUGAUGUGAACUUGAGGUCCGGCAAUGAAAAUUCGUCCCAGUCUCAUGUUCAGGCUGGGGGAUCCAGUUGUUAGUUGUUGUCUGUGACACUUAUUGCUCAUGAUCUCUGAGACCCUGAGCAUCAGAACACGUUAUCACCUGCUGGCUGCUGCUUGGCCUUCUACGGCUCUACGCUCGGUGGAGGAGCGAAGACGAUGGAGGAGCCUGUGAAGGAAGCGAAACGAGCAGGGCGGCGCUCGUGGAGGGUGCGAGGGCUCCACCGCCACGCAGGCACGGCCCUGUCCAAUCUUUCAUGGCUGCCAGGCAUGUGAUUCAUUAUGUGAAAAAAAAUUGGUUGUAUAAUAUAUAAGAGCAUUAGUAGAUGUUAGACAUGCUUCUAAGCAUGUUUGUCCAUUUGGCACAACAAUCUUAUGUAGAAAUUUAAAGGGAAUGAAGCUAAAGACAAUAUUGCUCAUUCAAGAAAUUCUCAAUCUUAUGAAGUAUAUUUGAC